AUGGGUCGAGAACAAGAAGAAGGAGAAGGAAGUGAAGAGUACUUGUUCAAGAUAGUGGUCAUAGGUGACUCUGCUGUUGGGAAAUCGAACUUGUUGUCAAGGUUUGCAAGAAAUGAGUUUGAUAGCAAUUCAAAGGCUACAAUUGGGGUGGAGUUCCAGACCCAAGUGGUGGAUAUCGAAGGCAAAGAAAUCAAGGCACAGAUCUGGGAUACUGCUGGUCAAGAGAGGUUUAGAGCUGUCACCUCUGCUUACUAUAGAGGUGCUGUGGGUGCUCUCAUUGUUUAUGAUAUCACCAGGAGGACGAGCUUUGACAGUGUUAAGAGGUGGCUUGAUGAGCUUGGCACUCAUUGUGAUACUGCAGUUGCAAAAAUGCUUGUAGGGAACAAAUGUGAUCUUGACAAUAUUAGAGAAGUGAGUAGAGACGAGGGCAAGAGCCUUGCAGAGGAAGAAAGUUUAUUCUUCAUGGAGACAUCUGCCCUUGAUUCUACAAAUGUUGAAGCUGCUUUUGAGGUUGUUAUCCGUGAGAUCUACAACAAUAUGAGCAGGAAAGUCUUAAACUCUGAUUCAUACAAGGCUGAGCUGACAGUCAAUCGAGUAAGCCUGAUGAAGAAUGGGGACAACUCAUCGAAAAAGUAUGGCUUCUCUUGCUGCACUGCAUAA